GUGUGUAUUGUUUUCGAAUUGAUAUAGACUCUUAGAUUCACACAUUCACGCAUAUAAAAUGCUUAUUUUUCAAGUUUAAAAGAUAAGUUAGGAAAAUAUAUGGGAUCGACAAUCAAACAUUGUAAAGAGUGUUCGACAACUGGAUAAACACUAAAACAUGUCCGCUAACCCGAAACCUUCAGUUAUGAAACAGGCAGCUAUGCAAAUCACUGCUGGAGGCUCAGCAGGAUUCAUAGAAGUGUGUUUAAUGCAUCCGUUAGAUGUAGUGAAAACCAGGCUUCAAUUACAAAUUAAAAAACCACUUGGCGGUGGUAACACAGUGUAUUACAAUGGUGUGUUCGAUUGCUUCUCAAAAAUUGCUAGACAAGAGGGUAUACUGGCCGUCUACAAAGGAAUUAUUCCACCGAUUUUAGCGGAAACACCGAAGCGAGCCACCAAAUUUGUGUGCUUUGAACAGUACAAGACCGGGCUGCAGAAAGCUCUUGGAUAUGAUAAAGCUACACCUUUAAUUUAUUCGUUGGCAGGAUUAGGUUCGGGAGUCACAGAAGCAUUCGUUGUGAAUCCAUUUGAGGUAGUAAAAAUAUCACUGCAGGCUGACACAGCAAAAACGACUUCUUCGCCAUCAACAAUGAUCGUUGCCAAGGAAAUUAUUAAACGCGGAGGCAUCGGUUUGAAUGGACUAAAUAAAGGCCUCACCUCGACAAUCGGUCGUAAUGGAACAUGGAAUUUAAUUUAUUUUGGCUUUUACCAUAGCGUGAAGGACAGUGUUCCCCAGUGUCAGAAUCCAACCGCUGAUUUCUUCCGCAAAACUGGAAUUGGUUUCGCUUCAGGUACAAUUGCUAGCAUUGCUAAUAUACCGUUUGAUGUGGCAAAAUCAAGAAUUCAGGGACCACAACCAGUUGCCGGUGAAAUUAAAUACAAGACGUGCAUGAAGACCAUUUUUAUUGUGGCGAGAGAAGAGGGUUUCGGUGCACUGUACAAAGGACUGGUGCCGAAAGUGAUGCGUCUGGGCCCGGGUGGAGCGAUUAUGUUGAUUGCAUAUGAUUAUGUUUAUGAAUUUUUACAGCAUCAGUUUCCGUAGGGAAUUGAUUUCGAAUAAAGGAAUUUUGUUGUAA